UGGAUAUGCCUAUUCAAUGCCAUUUUUGUCUUUUUGUGUAUGUGCGUGGUUGUUUGGGUUGAAUCCUUUGAUGGCGCAUAGGUAAUUGAAAUUGGAUAGCUGCAACUGGAAAUGUUUGCUGAAUUGUUUUUGUACGCAGUCUUUUAGUUUGGAAUUCGCGGAUUUGGAAACAUUGUUGGUGAGAUUGAGUAAUUGAAUGUGAUUAGGUUCUCGUAGUAGCCAAAAUGAACGAGUAUUACUAUAUGGAUUUGGCGCUGAGUUAUGUUCCAGGAUGGGGUGGAUUUUAGGUGCUGUUGGUAACAAAUGCAUACCUUGAUCCCUAUUGGCCUUGGAGGCACUGGAGAGUGGGUAAUGCUCAAGUAUCAUAGGCCAUGUUUCUGCAGAAGUGCCUGACAUAAGUGAUGCUACAAACUACAAGGUACUUGUGCAGGAACUUGGUGAGGCUGGUCCUUAAUGGAGGUAUUCGUUUGGGGUUGAGUUUCCGUGGGAACAGUACGUGAUCUACUGCUCUCUCUUUCUGCAACAGACUUACGUGAUCGGGAUGUGCUCUCCAAGAGUGAUCCUAUGGCGGUUCUGUAUAUCAAAGGAAAUGAUGGUUCGCUACGAGAGCUUGGUCGGACAGAAGUAGUUUUGAAUUCAUUGAGCCCCAAAUGGAUUAAGAAAUUUUCUGUUACCUACCAAUUCGAAAUGGUGCAGAAUUUGGUGUUCCGUGUCUAUGAUGUCGACACUCAAUUUCAUGGCAUGGAUAUGAAGACACUUAAGCUGGAGGAGCAGCAGCUUCUUGGUGAGGCUAUUUGCACGCUAUCUAAGAUCGCCACGAAACUGUACAGAACCGUAACCAUAGAUCUAGCACGUGAAGAAGUUUCUACUCGGAAAUGUGGCCAGCUUACAGUUUAUGCUGAAGAAAGUGUCACGUCAAAAACUACAGUAGAGUUGGUAUUGCGAUGUUCAGACUUGGAAUCCAAGGAUUUGUUCUCAAAAAGUGAUCCGUUUCUUGUAAUAUCAAAAGCUACAGAGCAUGGAAUAUUAGUUCCAAUUUGUAAAACUGAAGUCCGGAAAAAUGAUCAUGAACCAAAAUGGAACCCAAUUUUCCUGAGUAUUCAGCAAGUAGGAAGCAAGGACAGCCCACUACUUAUUGAGUGUUUUAAUUUCAACAGCAAUGGAAAGCAUGAUUUAUUGGGAAAAGUUCAGAAGUCACUGGCAGAGUUGGAAAGGCUGCACUCUGCUGGCUCUGUAGAAAAUUUGUUUAUCCCAAUGUCAGUUGGGCAAAAUCACCAACGCAAGGUCUUAAAGAGUCAGUUGAUUGUGGAUAAGUAUUCAGAGACCAUCCAGCACACAUUCCUCGAUUACUUGGCUGGAGGCUAUGAGCUGAAUUUUAUGGUUGCUGUUGAUUUCACUGCUUCAAAUGGUAAUCCGCGCCUACCUGAUUCAUUGCACUAUAUUGAUCCGUCAGGGCGGCCAAACGCAUAUCAGAGAGCAAUUUUAGAAGUUGGGGGAGUUGUGCAGUUCUACGAUUAUGAUAAAAAAUUUCCUGCUUGGGGGUUUGGAGCCCGGCCAAUUGAUGGUCCCGUAUCCCAUUGCUUUAACUUAAAUGGCAGCAGUACCUAUUGUGAGGUUGAAGGAAUCCAUGGAAUUAUGAUGGCAUAUACAGGUGCUCUUUUUAAUGUCUCAUUAGCAGGACCAACAUUAUUUGGACAUGUAGUUACGCAGGCUGCACAGAUAGCAAGUGGAUCGGUUGCGAGAAAUGAGAGAAAGUAUUUUGUUUUGUUGAUUAUAACAGACGGGGUUAUAACUGACCUCCAGGAAACAAAGGAUGCCUUUGUUAUGGCUUCUGAUUUGCCAUUGUCAAUACUUAUUGUCGGGGUUGGGGGAGCUGACUUCAAAGAAAUGGAGAUAUUGGAUGCAGACAAAGGGGAGAGGCUCGAAAGUUCAUCUGGACGGGUUGCAUCACGUGACAUUGUCCAGUUUGUUCCUUUCCGUGAUGUACAAAGUGGAGAAGACUCUGUUGUUCGAUCACUUCUCGCUGAAUUACCAACACAGUUUUUGACUUAUGUGCGAGGUCGAGGGUGGUUCUCAUAUAGUUGGGUGACAUUUAUCAUGGAUUCCUUGCUCUUGAGUAAUGUAUAUGCACAUCUAGAUACAAAUGAAAAGGCAGAAGUAAGGAAAGCUGCUCUUAAUAAGGUUCCUGAACAAAUUAUUUUGUCAGAGGUGCGGAAGAUGGUUCAGGAAAUGCAGGCUUUGAAUAAGAAGUUAGAGGACACGGAAGCAGCUAUAGAGGAUUACUUCAAGCCGCUUGACAAAGAAGCAGAGAUGAUUAUGAAGGCUCAGCUUGAAGGAGAGGAAAAGACAAUGAGAGAGAUGGUGGCAACCAUGCAAAGACAGGCUCUACUCGAGAAAGCUGAAGCAGAUGCACAAGCGCAAGAACAAGCACUUGCACUUUCAAAGAAUGCAAAAGCCGACAAAGAGGAUGAGGAGCCAGAAACAGAAUGCGUUGACAAAAGGGCUGGAAUGCGAUGAAUCCUCAAAACAAUUUUUGCACUUGUUUAAAUUUCAAGGCAUUGCCCCCAUUUUUCAAAGGCUUAGUUAGGUUUGCCAUUACCAAUGGAACGUGAGCAGGCGUUGCCGGUGGCAGUACACCAACACAAAAUCAAAUGUACGUUGGCAUGGAGUUAGGCUGAAAUAAAACACUUGAUUCAAAAUGAUCUUUUCUAAGCUGCAUUUUUUGUUUGGUAA